AACGUCUACACGGCUUAAACAAAGCAAAGGGUCUCUUAACGGGCGUGGCUUGCAUGCCUUGUGAUCUGCUACAUUCGUUACCAUUUUAGAGGACGGGUUCAGGCAGAAAGCUAAAAACUUUCUGCUGGAGUUCUUGCGUUCCAAAAGAGAAGGGGGUGUCAGCUUAGACGUCACUUUGUGACAAGACCAUGGACGGAAAAUAUGAAGAUCUUGCAGGUGACUCUGAUCAAGAUUUCCCUGAGGAGGGACCAUCAGCGCCUCCUCCUGGCUGGUUAGACAAUGUUACAGGAUAUGAGGGAAUGUUCCCAGACCAGGAUUGUACAGACAUGCUAUACCCUCCUCCUAAGGAUCAUGUGUCUGUACCAGAGAAUGACAGAGGUUCAGCAGUCCCUGAUGUCAGGGUGCCUGUGGUGACCGAAGAUAUAGCCAGGGAAGCGUUGCUGCAGUUUGUGGGGAAGAAGUGGACUUACAGCAGUAAGCCAGCCCGUAAUAUGGUGUUUAAGGACCUGAGGCCUUUCACUGUGUACCGUUACCGCUUGGAAACAUUCACAGAGUCGAGAUCAAGCACCUGGAAGUUCGAACCAUACACUGAUCAGUUUGUGGAUGGACCCCAGUAUGGGAUGAGCCCUCCUCCUUGGGACGUGAUGGUGCAGCCCCCUCACCUGUUUGUUGAUUCCACUCUGGAUGUACGUGUGCCACAUUCAUCCUUCAUCAAGAUGUGUCACAAGUGUCAGGGCAGGGGCAGGGUGCAAUGCAAGCGUUGCCACGGCAAAAGGAAGGUUUUGUGUACAUUUUGUCGUGGUAAUGGCCGUGCUAGGAAAAAAAGGUGCAGUCAUUGUCAUGGCACAGGAAGAAAAAGAUGCAUCCACUGUCACGGAAAAGGUUCUCAAGUAUGUUCCUCGUGCAAAGGGCACCAGAACCUGAUGCACUUCAUACAGCUGACCAUCAAACGGAAGAACCACACAUUUGAGUUUAUCCCAGAUCGAUUACCCGAAUUCCCAGUGAAGAAGUUUGAAAAGGUGUCUGGGGAUCCAUUUUUCGUGGAUGAAAGUGUGCUGGUCUAUCCUAUUGUGGGUUUCCCUGACCAAGAGAUCUGUGAAAUGUCCAGGAAGAUGUGUGAGGAGCACCUCAGCAGGUUCUCCGCCAUAAGCCGUAUCUUUCAGCAGCGUCAAACCAUUGAACUGGUCCCUCUUACUCAUGCCUUCUACAGCUACAAUGGGAAAGACUACAAUUACUUUGUCUACGGAAUCGAAAACAAAGUUUAUUCCCCAAAAUAUCCAUCCAGUUGCUGUAUUUUGUAGUCAGUUGGAGGCAUAAAGUUGAGAAUACAUCAGACUCUAAUGCAGAUUUUAUUGUUAUCCUAGUUAUGUUAGAGAAAACUGUAUUUGUUAACACAUUUAAUAAAGAAGAGUCUAUGUCUGAUUGGUUAGAUUUGAUAACCAAUACCAUUUAUGACUUCCCCAGCCUUUUUGAGCUCUGCAUUUACAAGUGGCCUUAUUUUGAGGAUGGUACUUUAUACACUUACUGUAUAAUUCCUCUUUAAAUCAGAGGGAAGCAUGUACAGAUGUGCAUUCCUCCAAGUUUCACUUGCAUUCAGACUGGCAACUUUCACAUAACCUCUGCUCAGCAUUCAUAGGAGACUUAUGAAGAAGACAUUGACACCUUAAAUGGUAUAUUUAUACAUUAACGGCUGGUAUAUAAAGGUCAUGUUUGUCUACACUGAUGCUUUACCCCACUAUUGCACUUAGUGGGGUAAAGUGGGCUGGGGGUGGAAGUCAUUGCUUGGCAUCAAGGCUGAAGUGCAGUCACAGGUGUCAGUUGUGAUCUGUCUGAAAGAUCACUUCCAUUAUAAUGAAGACCUCUCACAUCCUAUUCAAAUUAGGAUAGCCUUAACCAGGCUAAAUACACGCACAAGACCAUCCUAGAAGUAAGCCAAAGGGUGGAGGGUGUGUUGGGUUUAAGUUAUGUUAGUCAGCUCAUAUUAAUAGCCUGUAAACUGGAAAGCUUUUUUAAUCUCAAUGGUCAACUGUCCCUCAGUGAUGGCCCAUUGUGUUGGCUGGUUUACCCUCCCUGGAGCAGACUGAGGUGUUCUCAGAUGUGCACUUGGUCUACUUUGGGUCCACCUCAUUGCGCUGGUCUUGGGGUUACCGCCACAACCUGAAGAUGAGUGGGCCUCUAGCAGGGAAAAAAAUCCAAGGACUCUUCAGU